AUCGAGAAGCUUCAACUGCUGAUAAGCUGAGAGAUCUUUUGGAGAUCGAGAUGUUGAAGUCUUCCGACAACUAUGGCAAGCCAGGUGCAGGUGCCCCUAACAAGUCAUCAUCAGGUCGCCGGCUGAUGGUUCGAAAGAGGGUUCAGUUCAGCCACGAUCCCCUCGAACAAAGGAAAAUAUGUCUGAGAGAGUAUUCUGAAGCUAACAAGAAGGAUCUAGAGUUGAAGAGUCUGGAGCUAGAACGCACCCGUGGAGGUGCAGGUGCUCCCGUACUUGACACAGAUGGUAAAACGCUGACGAGGUUUCCUAUAACAAUGAAACGGGAUAACAUGGGAGUUGCAACCUUGAGAGAUCAAGUUGUCACCAACAAGCGCUCCCAAGUCUGGGAGCCGGAGGAGGCGAUGUAUUCUCCCUUUGGUCGUCCAGGAUGUGGAGCUCCCAUGAAGGAUACAGAGGGAAGGAUAGUCGCCGUCUACCAGGGAAAACUCAGGGAUACUGGUUCAGCUGACAAGAUCAGGAAAACGAGAGCUGCUCUCAGCUACAGGAAGGAUCUCCAACAUGAAAUGGAAGAACAGAAGAGGAACAGAGAAGACAUGGAAAACUACAUGAAGGCUCCAGUUGGUGAACUGACAGAGAUCAUGAAAGAGGGACUUGUAGGGAGACCUCGCCGUGACCCCAUCACUGGCACAUUGCUGAACCAACACCUCGCAAACUCUGACAUAUCCAAGCUGAAAAUGAACAAGUCAGAGACCAAGCCGGUGAACUCGAUGAAGGAAUACCACGACUUCCUCACACACCAGGCUCUGGAACGUGAACGCAUCCAAGAAACUGGACAAACUCCGAGACAAUCAGGAAUGGAGACAUCAUCAUGACGUGUUUGGAACUAUGUUCGGCAAGAGGGGAGGUGGUGCACCAAAGGGAGAUAAUCUGAAGAAGGAGAGGCUGGACAACACCCUGUUUUCCCCAAGACGUGAUGCUAAUGGAAAAUUGAUCAUGGACAAAAAGGCUGUUACCGAUUUGGCUGAGCACAAGGCAUAUGUGGGGGGAUCAGAAUGAAGAGUACAGUUCCUCCAAGUUGGGGCAGAGGUUUGUCAAGUCCACCAUUCCCAGCAAGCACUCCAACAUGUACGAGAUCCCUGAAAGAGGACCUUCAAAUCCCUACAGUACUCGGGCCCCCUACGCCAUCCACAACUACUAGGUGUACCUGGAUCUCCACCAGCCAGUGGGAUGCAGCAUAUGGUCAUCAGUGGUCAAACAUCAGCAUGAAAUAAACAAAACUGUCCUUCAAGACUUGUUUAUUGUUUCCAUUUUUCACAAUGGACAAUUGUUGAUUUUGUUAUAUCACAUACUUAUUUACAAACCUUAAGAAGCAAAUUUGUUGACAUUUUGAAAUGUUGCAUUUGUUAGAAGAAAUAAAGUUUCAUAAAUUAGUGUCUAUCUUCUAAACUGUGUAAUAUUCAAUGAAUGGUAGAGGCUCUGAAUAUUGUUUAUUUACUGUUUUGUGUUGUUGAUAUGAUGAACUAUGUUUCAAAACUGUUGACAACAUUUUAAUAUUUUCUAAUACUUUAAAUUUUUGUUUUGUAUUUUGUGAUGUUCAUUAAUAUACCUGAAGCAACAACCACAACCCUAAAUAUGAUACAAUAAAACCUGAUAUCAUCACUAAGCAUUAUUAGUUGAAGGAAGACACUAUAAACGGGUUAAGGAAAGCACUGUUAGGUUAAGGAAAGCAUUAUUAGUUCAAGAAAAGAACUGUUAGGUUAAAGAUAUAUUUGUCAGAUUAAGGAAAGAAUUUUUAGGCGUAAUAUCUUUUGUAAACAAUUAUGGUUUUGUGCACAAUGCAUGGUAAAAUAAUCAAUUUAAAUAAUGCAGUUAAUUUUCAAACAGUCAAACACAUCACAGCUUCACAACCUUUUGUUCAGAUUAUCUUAACAGGAUCCAAUAAGUGAUGUCAUUGAAGGCCUACUGGGUUCUUACAAAACAGGAACAGGAUGUGUUUUGACAUGGGUCUGAGAGCAUGUUAAUUUGGAAUGUGCACUUUUGUCAUACAGUAACUUUGUGAAAGUGGGUUGUAUGUUAGAUACUUACAAGUUUUUAAUAAAACAAAUUUUGCAUUUGUAAAAACUCCAGUUUGUCAUAUGGUUGGUCCUUGAAGUCGGUAUUUAACUUUAAUUAAAUGUUGAUAGUUGUAAGGGUGUUGUGUUCAGUUGUAAGGAAUAUGUAAUUCUUCGUGAAGUAUUAAGGAAUUGUUCUUAUUGUUCAUGUAUUUAAAGAAGAUUCUCACAUUACAAAUCUAAAACCUGAUUCAUCUUCAUCUGUCACUAUUUUGUAUCACCAUUUUCACUGGCAAGCAGGAUUCAUGAUUUCGAGGUCCUUUCAAGUGUAUCCUGUUUGCCUGAAGAGUGCUUUCUUUACAUAACAGUAUUUGUGUGCUAUACGUUUUUAGUGAAACUUUACUUUGGAAUAUUGUUGAUAUUUGUUCAUGUUUAUUAAAUUUUGUGAAAGUGUCUCCAUCAAUUUUAUUCUACACACAAAGUAACUUUAUGCAUGUUGUCAUUUAAACUUGUUUUCUGAUAAAUCUCUGUUAUGAAUUAGGGUGGUACAUGUAUCAUUGAAAAUUUACUAUAUUCACGAAUUUAUACUGAAUUAUGUAUGAAUUUAUAUGUAUGAUGCGUGCAUUGUAUGAUAUCUGUGAACUUUUUACAAAAAGGAAAGCUGUGAUAUACACUCAAAUGUAUAUAUAUUCUGUAUAUAUCCUUAUAUGUUUAUAUGACUAUAUAAUAUUACGUAAGAUACUAUAGUGCACAUAUCUAUCAUGUUAUAUCUGUAUAUGUGAAAAUUAAUUAUUUAUCACCUAUAUGUUUAAAAAAUGAUGUUAUGACUUGCCAGUAAAAUCUCUUGUUCAUAAAAUAAUUUUCAGUCAGUAUCAAGAGCCUCACAUAUUAUACUAUCAAAGAAAUUAUUUUGAUAAAAUGUAUAUUGUGAAAGUAUUUCAUCCUUUAUUUCCUCCUUUAAAGUAUUUAUUCUUGUUGGCUAGGUGACUUCUUGAUUUUAUGUAUUAUUUUUUACAUUUGUAUUUUUCUAUAUAUCUGCUCACUUUUACAAGUCAAGACAUACAAUUACCUGCCAGUAUCAUAAAAUCUUCUCUCAGUACAGGUGGUGGGGUAGCCCAGUGGUUAAAGCGUUCGCUUGUCACCCUGAAGACCCGGGUUUGAUUCCCACAGUGUGUGAAGCCCAUUUCUGUUGUACCACGCCAUGAUAUUGCGGAAAUAUUGCUAAAAGCAGAGUAAAGCCAACUCACUCACUCACUCUUUCCAGUCCAGUACUAUACAACACGAUUUUUACUUGACCAGUAUUGUGUUUUGUUGUGUUGAUCUGAUGUCGUCCGUUAUUUAUUAAGCUGUUUUCAUUUUGAUACAUGUUUCUAUCACAGAUUUAUUAUGUCGCUAUCAACCUAGUCCUGUCAAAUAUAAAUAAAUCUAAAUGAAGUUGUAUUUUCAAAUAAUAAAGAUAGUUUGAAAUUCA